AGUUCAGAUCAUAGAGCACGGGCACUCCUUUCGAUUGCACGUCUCGGCAAGUAGCGUAGAAGAGAGUAGGUUUCGAGAGAACGAGUGAGCUGUCGCCGUACCGUUUCAGAUGCAUCGUCCAUGCCGGUGAAAGAAAGAAAACACAAGAAAGUAAGCUGUGCAUAAAUCUGCGCCGGUAAGAAGUUUCAGGGUUCGGUAAGGUCAUGUCACUUCGGCUGUCCGUGCUUUUCUAGAGAUUGAAGAAGAGAGAGAGAGAGACAGAGACAGACAGACAGACAGAUUAAGACGUUGAUGGAGAUGGAGCUUUAACUAGCAAACCACCCGCACAUUGAUGAUGCUUUAGUUGUCUGCACUGUGAAACUACAUGAUGCCUUUUUCGCUAGUGCAAUUUCUGCAUGGGACGGAAACAUCCCGUUCAACGGGAGGUGAGGAAAGUCUCUCCGCGACGACCGGAACCAUGGCUCUUCAUUGGCCGGCGGUCGGAGUCGCGAUGGCCCCGAACUCCCCCCGGGUCGCUAUUCGCAUUCCCUCCGUCUGGUCCAAUCCCGAUGCUUUAAGUUCGGCCUAAUCCUAUCCGAUUCCAAUCCUGAAAAACACAUCCUAUUCGAGACCACCGGCGAGUCCAGUUCAUGGAUCAGUGGUCCCCCGAUUCACAUUCACGCUCCUUUCACCAUCUGAAAACGACCUUGCCUUACGAAUCUGCCAUUCGCCCACGUACGUGUUCAUACGUGUACAUUUCCCUCGUAAAUAUCUCCGGUUCACGUAUUCUCGCACGUCGCCUUUCUUCUUUUUAACCCCCAAAGUCAUCUUCUUGUUAAUCUAGCCGCGAUAAGCGAUCUGUAAUUGUGUACGAAUUGCUGCAAUUAUUGAGUUCUGCGCUCUAGUUUUCAACUGCGGGACCUGGUCGAUUAGUUCUCGGCGAAAUUCGCAUUCGUGUUUUUGACAAAAGCAGCGAUGCCGCAAUAUUGACUUGUGGGACAUUCAUCUGGACGGAGAAAUGGAAGCGGCGGACCACAAAUUCUCUAAAUCGCCGUCGCGACUACCUCCUCUGCCCAGAGACCCGCGCGGGUCGCUUGAGGUCUUCAACCCGCCGGCCUUUUCGACCCGACCGACCAACCCGGCCUUUCGCCCGCCGCAGCGGCCCUGGCAAAGCUGGAUUGGCCAGCAAGAAAGCCCGGAACACGAUCCGCCGGGGCUCCCCUCCUCCAGGUCCACCAGCAGAGGCGACGAGAUCACGGUCACCUCAUGGAUGGCCAUCAAGGGCGACCCUCCGCCCCGCCAAUCACAGCCCUUCACGCAGAAGCCCAUCCCGGCGGUCCAUCAGCAUGACGACAGCGGACAAUCACAGCCCCUCGCCGCCUUGGCGCAACCGCCCGCCGAAGCGGGAGCAGCUGCGCAGAGGGCGGCGGAGUGGGGGCUAGUGCUGAGGACCGACACCGAGACCGGGAAGCCGCAGGGCGUGACGGUCCGGAACUCGGGCGGCGACGACCCGAGCGGGAAGUCCAGCACCUCGAGGAGGAACUCGAACAACUCGGUCCGGAGCUCGGGGGAACUGUCGGAGGGCGGCGGUGGCGGCGAGGGAGGGAAGGAGAGAGGGUUCCCGAGGGUGUCGGAGGACCUCAAGGACGCGCUGUCCACGUUCCAGCAGACGUUCGUGGUGUCGGACGCGACAAAGCCCGAUUACCCGAUCUUGUACGCCAGCGCCGGGUUCUUCAAGAUGACCGGCUACACUUCCAGGGAGGUCAUCGGCCGGAACUGCCGGUUCCUGCAGGGGGCGGAGACGGACCCGGAGGACGUGGCGAAGAUCCGGGAGGCGCUGCAGGCGGGGACGAGCUACUGCGGGAGGCUGCUGAACUACAAGAAGGACGGCACGCCGUUCUGGAACCUGCUCACCAUCGCCCCCAUCAAGGACGACGCCGGCGAGGUCCUCAAGUUCAUCGGAAUGCAAGUGGAGGUGAGCAAGCACACGGAGGGGUCCAAGGAUAAGAUGAUGCGUCCCAAUGGAUUGCCUGAGUCCUUGAUUCGAUAUGACGCCCGUCAGAAGGAUAUGGCAACGAGCUCGGUAUCAGAACUUGUGCAGGCGGUGAAGAGGCCGAGGGCGCUCAGCGAGUCGAUCAAUCGCCCUCUAAUGAGGAGUUCGGAAGGUGGUGGCGAGAAAGAGAGAUCAGAUGCUACAGGAAGACGAAACUCUGAGAAUGUGGGAGGCAGGAGGAAUUCAAUGCAGCGGAUCAGCGAGGUGCCCGAGAAGAAGCAAACGAAAUCUGCUCGCCGCUCGUUCAUGGGAAGGGUCAGGACGAGCCGGUCCAGUUCCGAAAGCUUCGACUUUAGAGGAGCUGCAGACGACGGCGACGAAGACGACGACGACGUGAGUGAAACUGACGAGAGGCCAGACAGUGUGGAUGAUGUUGUAAGACAGAAGGAAAUGAGGAAGGGUAUCGAUCUUGCUACCACGCUCGAACGUAUCGAGAAGAACUUCGUCAUCACGGAUCCCAGGCUACCGGACAAUCCCAUUAUAUUCGCUUCUGAUAGCUUCUUGGAGCUGACAGAAUACAGCCGGGAAGAGAUUCUCGGGCGGAAUUGCAGGUUCCUCCAGGGACCUGAAACUGAUCCAGCAACUGUGAGGAAAAUCCGGGAAGCCAUUGACAACCAAAGAGACGUCACUGUGCAGUUGAUAAACUACACAAAAAGCGGCAAAAAGUUCUGGAAUUUGUUUCAUCUUCAGCCAAUGCGUGAUCAGAAGGGAGAAGUCCAGUAUUUCAUUGGAGUACAACUGGAUGGUAGCGCACACGUUGACCCACUGCAGAACUCCAUUCCUGAGUAUACUGCUAAAGAAAGUGAACAACUGGUGAAAAGCACUGCUGAAAAUGUUGAUGAAGCAGUGAGAGAACUUCCGGAUGCCAACAAGAGACCAGAGGAUUUAUGGGCUAAACACUCUAAAACCGUUCACCCAAAGCCACACAGGAAGGACAGCCACCCUUGGAGAGUCAUUCAACAGAUACUGGAUAGCGGAGAGCAGAUAGGAUUAAAGCAUUUUAGGCCAGUUAAACCCCUUGGCUCUGGGGACACCGGCAGUGUGCAUCUAGUCGAGCUGUGUGGAACCGGCCAAUUCUUUGCAAUGAAGUCCAUGGAUAAGAGUGUUAUGCUCAACCGCAAUAAGGUCCACAGAGCUUGUGCUGAAAGAGAAAUCCUCGACAUGUUGGAUCAUCCUUUCCUUCCAGCUCUAUAUGCUUCUUUUCAGACCAAAACCCACAUCUGCCUGAUAACAGAUUAUUACCCUGGUGGCGAGCUCUUCAUGCUCUUGGACAGGCAACCCCGGAAGGUCCUCAAGGAGGAUGCAGCGAGAUUCUAUGCUGCGGAGGUGGUUGUAGCAUUGGAGUAUCUUCAUUGCCAAGGGAUUAUUUACAGAGAUCUAAAACCGGAAAACGUUUUGCUUCAGAACAAUGGGCAUAUUUCUUUGACAGACUUCGAUUUGUCGUGCUUGACAUCUUGCAAACCUCAGCUUUUGAUUCCUAGUACUGAUGAAAAGAAGAAGAAAAAGAAGAAGAAGAAGAAGAAGAAGAAAGGCCCAGAGACGCCAAUCUUUAUGGCUGAACCCAUGCGGGCAUCAAAUUCUUUUGUCGGCACGGAGGAAUACAUAGCUCCGGAGAUCAUCAAAGGGGCUGGCCACACAAGUGCAGUUGAUUGGUGGGCGCUUGGUAUUCUGCUAUAUGAGAUGCUGUAUGGAUACACACCCUUCAGGGGAAAGACGAGACAAAAGACAUUUACGAAUAUCCUUAACAAGGAUAUCAAAUUUCCAGGAAGUAAACCGGCAAGUCUCCAUGCGAAGCAAUUGAUGUACCGAUUGCUGCACAGGGAUCCCAAGAACAGAUUGGGCUCAUACGAAGGAGCGGACGAAAUCAAACGUCACCCGUUCUUCCGCGGCAUCAACUGGGCCUUAGUUCGGUGCAUGGAACCUCCUGCGCUUGAUGCUCCUCUGUUCGGCGAAGGCAAUGCAGAAAAGGAAGCCAAACUCGUAGACCCUGAAAUGGAUGACCUUCAAAAGAAUGUUUUCUGAGAGGUCUAACUCCAUGCUCAUCCAUUUUGCAGUGGUGCAAAGCAAGCAGGAAUAAAAACUUCAUGAUAAGCACAUGGACUUCAAUCUGCAAUAGAAGGAAAAAGAAAGAAUCGAGGUCGCAUUGACUGGAUUUGGAAGCUAGGAGAUUGGCAAUUCUCUCGCUUCGACAUUUGAUAUGUGGAGAUGGCUUCGCAACAUCCUGUAAAAGCUCUGCUGAUCAUUCCUUUUAUAGUUUGGUGAUGUAAUUUCCUAUAUGCACGUCAGAAGGAUUUGAAGUUCUCUUCUGCUUGCAACGCUAUGUUAGUGUUUCGUGAGUGUAAAUUAUGAAUUCUUUGUGGUUAUAUUAAA